AUGUCGCAAAAUAUCAGCGAAUUUCUUUUUUUCAAGGUGAAGCCCGGGGUCAAGCCUGAAGACCCCGCCAACGAGCAGGGCGAGGCGCUGCUGAGGGUCUUCCGCGCCACCAAGCAACAGAGCGGUCACCACAGCUCCGCCUGGGGACGCACGGUGGAGGAUGAGGAUACGCUUGUGUGGGUGAUCGCUCCUGACCAACGUCUAUCAGACUGGACGGAUGCCCGCAGCUCAACCACCGUUGCACAUCUUGAACCGUUCCUCGCCGAAACCCUCCAGCCUCCAACAGUACUCUAUACCACCCUCAACCCGCCCAUUUCUAGCACCGACACCUUGACCAAGAACCCGGUGACCGAGCUAUGUUCCCUGCCUUUCCCCAGCAAUAUGUCAGUGUUUGAGACCCGGCGAUUGAACGCUGACCUGAUCAACUUCCGUACGGCACUGGUUGAGCAGCUGCCGCAGGCAGCGGGACCGCGGUCCUGGGCGAUGGGCCACGUCGACCGACCAAGUGUGGUGCAGCAUGCAAAAAGCCCGAGCGGGCAAGCGAUGAUGCACUUUCUGGCCGUGGGCUGGGAGAGCGUGGAGGCACAUAAGAAAGCGAAGGAAACUGAGCAGUUUGUCGCAGCCAUCGCCCCGAUCCGGGAGAAGAUGCUUCCGCCUGUGCCUGGGUUGGAGAUGAAGCAUGUUAGCUUCCAGAAACUUUAG